GUGGGUUUGCCAACCGCCAUUAAAAAGAAAAGAAGAAGAAGUCACACCUCUGGAAGUUUUGGAUCGUCGCGGGUUUAUGAAGGAUGGCUGUGCAAACUGAGAGAGGAGUCCCGCUCAGCGCGCUUAAUCCAAAGUUCCUUCACACCAACUCCACCAGCCACACCUGGCCCUUCAGUGCGAUUGCAGAGCUGAUAGACAAUGCUUACGACCCAGAUGUGAGUGCCAAACAGUUUUGGAUUGAUAAGACAGCAGUCAGAGGUCAAGACUGUCUGAUUUUCAUGGAUAAUGGAGCAGGAAUGGAUUAUGAUAAGAUGUACAAAAUGCUCAGUUUUGGGUUCAGUGACAAGGAGACUAUAAACGGCCAUGUCCCUGUGGGCCUCUACGGCAAUGGAUUUAAGUCUGGUUCCAUGCGCUUAGGUAAAGACACUAUUGUGUUUUCCAAGAAUGGAGAGUCCAUGUGUGUGGGCCUUCUGUCCCAGACGUAUCUUCAGGAGAUGCACGCAGAGAAUGUCGUGGUGCCUAUUGUCUCAUUUAAACGCAUCGGCCAGGCAUUCCGACCCGAGUCACAACACGCAACAAGUCUUCAAGAUAUCCUGCGCUACUCUCUGUUCCAGACGGAGGAAGAGCUGCUCUGUGAGCUCAAUGCCAUCAAUGCACUCUAUGACACUGAAUCCACAGGAACACGAAUCAUCAUCUGGAACCUCCGCAAAACAUCCACAGACAAAUCUGAGUUUGACUUUGACACGGACCGCUAUGACAUCCAGAUUCCAUCUGAAGUAUAUGAGAGUGAAAAGGAGAAAUACAAGCAGCAGUCUCGUGUAUUUCAGUCAAGCCCAGAGAGCGACUUCUCUCUGCGGGCGUACUGUAGCAUCCUAUACUUGAAGCCCAGAAUGCAGAUUAUCAUUCGUGGACAGAAAGUGAAAACCCAGCUGAUCUCUAAAAGCCUGGCGCACAUUGCCAAGGAUAAAUACAAACCCAACUUUCUAAAUAGAGAAAGCAUUACUAUCACAUUUGGCUACAACACCAAGACCAAAGAACAUUACGGAGUCAUGAUGUACCAUAAAAACAGGCUCAUCAAAGCCUAUGAACGUGUUGGAUGUCAAAACAAGGCAAAUGAAAAAGGAGUGGGAGUCAUUGCAGUGAUAGAGUGCAACUUCCUCAAGCCAACACACAACAAGCAGGACUUUGACUACUCAGAAGAGUACAGGAGAACUAUGAACACUUUGGGUGUGAAACUGGAAGAGUAUUGGAAAGCGAUCCGCCAUAAGAAGGGAUCAAACACUGCAUUACCUAUAGAGGAUAUCCCGAAGCGUCCUGAUCAGAACUGGGUUGAGUGUGAUGGCUGUAUGAAAUGGAGGAAACUUCCAGAUGGCAUUGACAUGAAUAAGCUCCCUGAAAAAUGGUUCUGUCGAUUGAAUCCAGACCCCCUGUUCAGGCGAUGUGACCAACAAGAAGAAGCUGAAGAUUCUGAAGAUGAAACUACAGACUGCCUGAAAACAUACAAACAGCAUGAGAGAAACCUCAAAAAACAGCAGGAACAGAGAAGAACUCAGAUGGAAGAAAUCAUGUUGAGGCAGGAACAGCAGAAAAAGGCAGCGCUGCUUCAACAGAAUGAGGAUCUGAAAAAGAAAGUUGACCGUGUCCGUCAAUUCUAUCAAAAAGCCCCUUCCUCACCCAGAUCACCUAUGGCCUCUUUGACAUCGAUGAGCCAUUCACAGUCUGUGAAUAAUUCAAUGCCCCAUUCACAGUCUGCUUCUAGCCCCUCAGACAGCAUGCCAGUGAUUUCAAAUGUCAUGUCCCUCUCCACUCCUAAAAGAACAAAAAGAAGUCUAGGAUUAUCCCAGAGCCAAAAUGUAAAAAGAGCAAGAACAUUAAAUGACUACUGUAGCAACACUCCAGAUAGUCCAUCAACAUCCACAGCUACAUCAGAUGCCAUAAACUCACCUUUGGGGAUUGAGGACUAUAAUGGAAAUAAAGUUGUAGAGAGCAGUGUCAAUGAUGACGUUGUUAUCGAUGAAACCCACAGCACGCCAAGACCCAAAACCUUUGACCUUUCUAAGGUGAAGACAGAAGAAAAGCCCAGUGAUGAUGCAGCAGGAUUAUAUAUGGAGUGCAGUGAUCACGCUUCCAUGAAAACUGAAACUGAAGACACCGGAAAGGAAACAAUGGAAGCAUCAACUUCCAGUGGCCAAACAAGCACAUCAACCCAAACAGAACGUUUGACUGUAAAGGCAGAGGAAGACCAGCAGAUAAGAAAUGAAGAAGGUGAGAUCAAGAAAGAAGAGAUUGAGAAUGAUGCAAGAAUAAUGGAACAGAGCACUAAUGAGGUGGAAAGCAGGAUAAGUAACAAUACAGAAAUAAUCAAAGGCCCCAUGGAGGUUGAGAGAUGUAGUAGUGUAGAAGAUGUUAGGCUAAAUCUCACAAAACUAGAGGAGAUACCUAAGGAGAAUAAGAUCAGUUUUGAACAACAUGCAAAGUCAGAUGUAGAAAACCAGGAAGGUAUGACAUCAACAACUUCCAAGACCUCACUUUUUUCUGACAUAGACAUUAUGCCAACCCAUGAAGCACAGAAGCAACAGGAUAACCUGCUAGAUCUCCUGGAGGCCACAGCCCGGGAGAGAGAUGAAUUAAGAGAGCAAUUUCAGAAGAAAGAAAUCAAACUCUUGAAACUCACCAUGAACUGCAGCCAUCAGAGCAUCCAGACAGAUCCAUCAGAGGAACAAAACUAUAAGACUCUCUACUUACAGGCCACCCAGUGCAUCGGAGAGCUUACGCAAGAAAGGGAUGAGCUAAAAAGGAAACAGGAGGUGUUGCAAAUCAAAGCUGAAAAAGAGGCACAGGAUGAGGUGUGUCGUGACCGGUUGAAAGCUAAGGAGGAGGAACACUCAUCAACAACGAGCGUUUGUGAAAAUGUAGAUGAUGAAAUGGCUCUUCAAGUGGACCUUCUCCUAAGAGAGCUGGACAAGCGCAACACCGAAUGCAAUGAACUGAGAAAUAAGUUGGACAGCUUGGAGCAGGAGAAAGCUCAAUGUGAACAGUUGCAGAAGGAAGUAGAAGAGCUGAGGAAACAGAAAGAGGAGUGGAGCAAUGCAAGAGAGCAAGAGACUGGUAACACCAGUUUAGAACAAACAUGCAGCACAAAUACAGCUGCAAACCUUGUGAAUGGGUCCAAAAUGGAAGGAGAGAGCAAUGAAAGACCUGUGGAGGGAGAGAACGCAGUGACACCGGCCAAGUUGAGGGAGCUGAGGUACAGCAUUGCCCGUUUAUUGGUCACCUUUGUUCCUGCUCUGGACCUUGACCAAGUGAAUUAUGACUGUGAGGUCAUAGAUGAGAUUUUAAAUCAGGUCAUACAGGAGAUUUCCCCCACUGAGACCACCAUUACUUAAAGCCAGUUGCCAAAAUAUUCAGCCUAGGUUAAUAUUUUGUGCAUGGAGACAAAUUGUUCAAAUGCUAUUUCACUCUGAAAAUAUUAAUCAUGCUAUUAAUUGGUGUUUUAUUUACAUGUUUUUUCCUGAUUAACACUCGCAGUUGUUUGGGCAAGUUUUAAAUUCUUUUAUAUUGUUUCAAGAAUAAAGUUUGACCUUUCUGUCACAAAGACUUAAGCUUAUAAAGCUUACGAAUGUUGUGCCAUUUCAUGAUAGGUUUCUGUAAUUUUUCUUAUAUGCAAUUGUGUGGAUUUCUGAUACACAAUACUUUGUAUACACAGUUGUGAGUGGAUAACAGCAGUAGGAGGUGCUACUCAAAUUGUGUACAGUCGUUGCCAAAAGGCAGUGACAUAAAUUCUGUGUUUUGCAAAGUUUGCUGCUUCAGUAUUUGUAGAUU